AUGGCUGAUAAUGUUGAAAAUCAGCUAGCAUUUCCACAAAACGAUUUAUCGUCCACAGUACAAUCCGAAAUUGUAGAAGAUUUUGUCAUUGUAUGGCUUAGCGAUUAUCAUAUCUCAAAUAAUUUCAUGGAGAUUAGUUCGGCUUUAAGAGUUAUAAUCGAUAAUCUACAAUUGUUCGAUAAUGCAGAUAAUUGUAUAGAUUAUAUAACAUCACUGUCAUCCAAUAUAAAUAAACUUAUAAUUCUAUCUUCACAUCAGUUUAUUAUUCCUCUUAUUAAUGAAAUACCUCAAAUUAAAUCUAUUUACAUAUUCAAUAUGAAUGACGCUAAUAAUAACAAUAGCUAUUCAGAACAUAUCCAUCUUGGAAAUAUAUUCAACAAUAAGCAAUUACUUGUGGAUAAAAUCAAGAGAGAUGUUAAACUACUUUCAAUGCACUUUCCAUUACCUAUGGCAUUUUUCGACGAUAAAAAUCAAUCUGUCACACAAAAAUCUGUAAAAAAUUUAUCAAAAGAAAGUAAAUAUUUUAUGUAUAUGAAUUUAUUUAUUGAAAUAUUACUACAUCCUUCAGAAAACAAUGAAGCAAAAUCUGAUUUCUUGUCUGUAUGUCGCGAGCAUUAUAGUAAUAAUAACGCUCAAAAAUCUUUGAUUGACAGCUUCGAAAAAGACUACACUCCUGAUAAUGCUAUUCAAUGGUAUAUUCGAGAUUGCUUUGUAUAUCGUAUUGUAAAUGAGGCAUUAAGAUGUCAAAAAUUUUAUAAUAUCUACAAACUCCGACUUAUUAUAAAUGACUUAUAUCAACAAUUGAAAAAUUUAUACUUAAAACAAUCAUCAGAAUUAAAAUAUAUUGAAACUGUCUAUCGUGGACAAUUAGUGAAUAAGAAUGAGUUCGAAAUUCUACGACAAAUAAAAGGUGGUUUAGUAUCAAUGAACUCAUUUAUGUCGACAACAUUAGAUAAAGCCGUGGCUUUUGAAUUCAUUGCUGGUGCAAUUGUAGGAGAUUCAGUACCUGUUAUUUUUGAAAUUAAUCUAAAAAACACUGGUUCUAUAUCGAUCCCAUUCGCCUAUAUAAAGGAUUUUGGCAAAUUUAAAGCCGAAGAAGAAGUUUUAUUUUCAAUGGAUUGUAUAUUUCGAGUUGUUUCAAUAGAAGAAUGUACAGAAGAUAAUCAAGUAUAUUUCUUAGUUAAAUUAGCCAUAAUGAGCCAAGACAAUAGAGAGAACGAACUGGAAGCAUUGACGGAUUAUUUAAGGAAACAGAUUCAAAAGUACCCCUACGAUGUAGCAGCAUUAGGUUAUAUAAUGGGUGAAAUGGGUCACUAUGAUCAAGCUAUACAUUAUUAUGAAUUGUUGAGCAGAAGAAUCUCAUUAAGUGAUCCGUAUAUGGGCGCCAUAUACACGAACAUCUCAAGAACUCAUCAAAUUCUAGGUAAUUACACAGAAGCUUCGAACUGCCUUAAAAAUGCAUUGGAUAUUUGUAAAAAGGAAUUACCUGAACAUCAUCCUGUCUUUGAAAAGAUUUACGGUAACAUUGGAGUGUUACAGACAAAUCAAGGUAACUUUACUGAAUCCCUCAAUUCUUUUAUGAAAGUACUCAAUAUGCAAAAAAAGUCGUCGAAAAGUCUUCCAGAUCUUGCACAAACAUACUGUAACAUUGGCUCACUUUAUCAAAUUCAAGGCAAUUAUAGUAUAGCUUUGAAAAACUACGAGAACGCACUGAAUAUUCAAUUAAAAUCUCUGCCUAAAUAUCAUCCAGAUAUUACAGCGACGCUUCAGAAUAUCGCAAUGGUGAAAGAUAUCAUGGGUGAUUAUAGUAGUGCACUCGAUCUUUAUAGGCAAGUACUGGACAUUGAAUCAAAAUCUUUGCCUGCAGAUCAUCGAGACAUUGCAAUGACAUAUGUCAAUAUGGGAGCCGUUCUCUUAAGUCUUAACAAGUACGCUGAAGCCGGCAGAUAUUUUCAAAAAUCACUUGAUAUACAAUUAAAAUCUUCUUCUAAAAAUUAUGUAAGCAUUGCAGGAACAUACCAUAAUCUUGCAAAUAUUUUCCAUAAGAAACGCAACUUUGAUGUAGCAUUGAAAUAUUGCAACGAAGCAUUUGAGAUGCAGUCAGCAUAUUUACCUAAAAAUCAUCUGGACUUUGCAAUUACGUACGAUACUUUUGCACAUAUUUAUCACAGUAAAGGCGACAAUGAUAAAGCUAUAGAUUAUCUUGAGAAAAAACUUGGCAUUGAAGAAAAGUCCUUGUCUAAUAACCAUUCAAAUAUUGCUAGAACAUAUAACAAUCUUGCAGUAAUUCUCCACAGUAAAAAAAGUUAUGAUGAAGCUUUGACUUAUUACAAGAAAGCAGUCACUGUUGUUUUAGAAUCUCUGUCUGAAAGUCAUCCUCACAUUGUCACGAUAUAUAACAAUAUUGUAAAUAUUUAUCGUAUUCAGGGUAACCAUAUGGAGGCCAGGAAGUAUUUUAAAAAGGUAUUGGACAUAAAAUUAAAAUUAUUACUUGACAAUCUUCCGGAUAUUACAAACACAAACAAUCAUAUGGAAGGAUUUAAUCAAGACCAAGAUAUAUACAAAGAGGCUUUAGACUGCUGUGAACAAAUAUUUCAGAUUCAAUCAAAAAUCUUACCGGAAGAUCCUUUAAACAUUGCCAAAAUAUAUAACAAUUUUGGAUUUAUCUACAAACGACAAGGCAUUUAUGUUUCAGCCAUGCAUUUUUACUCAAAAUCUCUUGACACACAAUUGGCAUUCUUGCCUGAAAAUCAUUCAGGUUUUGUUAGAACAUAUUGGAAUAUUGGUAAUCUUUACAGCUGUUUUGGAGACAAAUCGGAGGCCUUGAAAGAAUGGAAAAAAGCGUAUGAUAUUGCAUUGAAAUCUUUGCCAUCGGAUCACCCAUGGAUCGUUAGCUUGCUAAAGAAACUUGGGAAAGAUGAAGAGUCAGUCUUAGAUGAAGAUGGAUCAAUUAAAAAACGAAGAAAACAUUACGCGAAUGAAUAG